AGGAAUCUCCAUCAACUCCUCCCCCAAGCCUGCAAUUCCCCUUCUCAAUCCGCAGAGAGCAUGUCGUCGUCGCCCACCCCCGCGCCGGCCGCCGCCCCCGCCGCUCCCAUGGCCGUCGACGAAACGGAGGACGACCAGCUCUCCUCCAUGUCCACCGACGACAUCGUCCGGGCCUCCCGCCUCCUCGACAACGAGCUCCGCGUCCACAAGGACGAGCUGCAGCGGUCGAACCUGGAGCUGGAGAACUUCAAGGAGAAGAUCAAGGAGAACCAGGAGAAGAUCAAGCUCAACAAGCAGCUGCCGUACCUCGUCGGCAACAUCGUUGAGAUUUUGGAAAUGAACCCUGAAGAUGAAGCUGAAGAGGAUGGUGCUAACAUUGACCUUGACUCACAGAGGAAAGGAAAAUGUGUUGUUCUCAAGACAUCCACCAGACAAACUAUCUUCCUUCCUGUAAUUGGGCUAGUUGACCCUGACAAUCUGAAGCCUGGUGAUUUGGUUGGAGUCAAUAAAGACAGUUACUUGAUACUUGACACACUGCCAUCAGAGUAUGACUCACGUGUGAAGGCAAUGGAGGUAGAUGAAAAACCUACAGAGGAUUACAAUGACAUUGGUGGCCUUGAGAAACAGAUUCAAGAACUAGUUGAAGCUAUAGUGUUGCCAAUGACACACAGGGACCGUUUUCAGAAGUUGGGAAUCCGUCCUCCGAAAGGUGUUCUUUUAUAUGGACCACCUGGGACAGGAAAGACGCUGAUGGCUCGUGCCUGUGCUGCACAAACUAAUGCAACCUUCCUUAAACUAGCUGGUCCACAACUUGUCCAGAUGUUCAUCGGUGACGGGGCGAAGCUUGUCCGGGAUGCUUUUCAGCUUGCAAAGGAGAAGGCCCCAUGCAUCAUUUUUAUUGAUGAGAUUGAUGCGAUUGGAACAAAGCGUUUUGAUAGUGAAGUUAGCGGUGACAGAGAGGUUCAACGGACAAUGUUGGAGUUGCUGAAUCAGCUAGACGGAUUUAGCAGUGAUGAGAGGAUAAAGGUGAUAGCUGCAACAAAUCGUGCGGAUAUCCUUGAUCCUGCUUUGCUUCGUUCUGGUCGCCUGGACAGAAAGAUUGAGUUCCCUCAUCCGACGGAAGAAGCAAGAGCCAGGAUCUUGCAAAUUCACUCGAGAAAGAUGAAUGUACAUCCUGAUGUCAACUUCGAAGAGUUGGCUCGUUCAACCGACGAUUUUAAUGGUGCACAGCUGAAGGCUGUUUGUGUAGAAGCUGGCAUGCUUGCUCUACGGAGAGAUGCUACAGAGGUGAUCCAUGAAGACUUCAAUGAAGGCAUUAUCCAAGUCCAAGCAAAGAAGAAAUCCAGCUUAAACUACUACGCUUAAUUCCCCUAAAAUAGUAGAUAUGCCUAAAUGGAACACUUGGUCCUGUGAAACAAUUCGGCUGUUUGUAACUGUACCAUUUUCUUUUUUGGAAUCUAGUUUGUAUUUCAGAUUCUCCUGGUUGCACGAAGCACGGUCUUGCUUUGCUCCUUGUUCCACGGUACCCGCACGGCUGUAAAAUCUAUGACCGAUUGCCCCUUACCUUACCUUACCUUCCUUCAUCUUA